AUGCCUAUCAUCAGAGAUUUUGCCCUACCGGCCAACGCCCAGCUGCUUGAAUUGCCCGAGGGCAGCCCGAAAUUCUUCAUCGCUUUCGUGUCCUCAGAUGACCCUGUCACGUCGCAGCCUUGGUGCCCCGAUGUCCGGGCUGCGUUGCCCCAUAUCAACGCUGCCUUUGCGGGCGAUGCGCCUACUGUAGCUAUUGUCCCCGUCGGGCAGAAACCCGAGUGGAGAGAUCCCAAGAAUGUCUAUCGCACAAAUUGGAAUAUUAACAAUGUUCCUGCGCUGGUGCGAUUUGAGGUUGUGGAAGGGAAGGUUUCCGCCACAGGGAAGUUGAUUGAAGGGGAGAUCUUAGAUAAGGCUAAGCUCGGUGCGUUUCUCGCUUGA